AUGGAUUUCCCAUUUUUUCAUGGAAAGAUAACAAAAAGAACCUGUGAAGAACUGUUGGCCAAGACCAGAAAAAAUGGUAGCUAUUUAAUACGAGAAAGUGAAAGCAUGGAAGGAGCUUUGUGUCUCUGUGUUUUCUUUGAAGGACUCAUCCACACUUACCGUAUCUUCAAGGAACAGGAUGGAUAUUUUAGAAUACAGACAUAUGAAGGUGUUCCACAGAAGAUAUUCAGAACGCUAAAGGACCUAAUAUACAAUUAUGAAAAGCCAAAUCAAGGACUAAUAACAAACCUCCGCGACCCAGUAAAUAAGCCACAGGCCUCACAAAGAAGGCAGACAUUCAAGUCGGGAAAAGACAACAUUUAUGAGGAUAUUGAUGACAGCGACUACAUCGUCGUCUUACCUGAAUGA